GAGGCAGCAUUGGUGUCGUGGACCUUAGUCACCCUAAUUAUAUUUUCCUCCAAUCAUCGUUGUUUGUAGCUCUUCGCCAAGUCAUCAUGCCCUCCCGAGCCACCAAGCGCUCGAUGUUGGCCUUCCUCUUGGCCAUGAUCGUGGCCAUUGCGUGCAUGUUGGUGCUUUCCAAUCAGGUACCGAGUGUUGCGGCUGCCCCUGCCAAUUCACGCGACUCAAAACGCUUCGUAGUCGAUGAAGCGUUCGACGAAGACGAGGAGGAGGACGAUGACUGGGACUUUAUGGACGACGACGCCAUCCUGGGGCUCUCAGAGCAAGACAACAAUGACAUUAAGACUGAUACUGACGAGAGCAAGGAAACCUGCGUGGACUCGCUGCCCAUUGAUCUCGUGGACGACGACUACUGCGACUGUCAGGACGGUAGCGAUGAACCCAACACGUCGGCAUGUUCCCACGUAUUGCUACACUCCGAGACACCUCCGUUCGGUCCGGAAUUUAACUGUAAAGCGGACGACAAGAUGGUGUCAUUAGCCUUCGUGCACGACGGCGUGUGCGAUUGCUGUGAUGGCAGUGACGAGAGGGACGGACUGUGUGCUAACACUUGUGCCACCGAGUGGGAGCGGAGACUCCAGACGCUUCAGGAAAGACUGAACGUAGUGCAAAGGGGACUAAAACGUCGGACAGAGUAUUUAGCAGGAUCUGUAGACAAAGUACAGAAGCUCAAGGAGGACUUUGAACGACUUGCGGAAGCCUAUCAGUCUGGACAAAGAGCGUUCGAGGAUUUGCAACGGCAGGCACAACACAACCCGGAGCUGCGAGGACAGCUUGAGCAGUCGUACAAUGUGCUGCGUAGAGUGCAGUAUAUCACGUACAUCCAAAGUCGUGUGGUUGAUCCGAGUACAUUUUCGGACGCGGCAUGGAAACCUGCUUUCGUCGAGCUGGUGGGGGAAUGCUACACGUACACGGUAAACGAGAAGGAACUGAAGGGAGGAACCCCCAACGUCAUCCCUCGCAAGUACGACAUGGUGUUGUGUCCAUUCCAGAACGUAUCGCAGACUGAGCCUUUAUAUCCCGAGUGGACGAAGGCGGAGCGUCAAACGAAGGUCGGAGAUAAAGUGGCAGAUGAGAAGGAAGAGGAAGUAGAGGUGCCACGUCCCAUCGGUCUUGGGAUCUGGAAUGAGUGGCAAGAGUCUGUUAACUUUGCGCGUGUGCAGAGUUACAACCAUGGCGAGCCUUGUGCCAAUGGACAGGAGCGUCACACACGCGUGGAGCUGUUGUGUGGUGAGCAGAAUCGUGUCGUGUCUGUAGAGGAACGUGAGAUGUGCCAGUAUGAGGUUCGCUUCGAAACGCCAGCGGCAUGUGGGCAAGCAGAACAAGACGUGUUGCAAGACGAAAUCUCUCGCGUUAAGACUUUCUUUAAGACGAAGGACGUGGGUGAAUUUGCAGGUCACGAAGAACUGUAAUGUCGAAUAGAACUGCGUUGAAGUAUCGUCAACAAACUCACCUCGCCAUCAUCUUUAUUAAACUUUGUUUGCGUGA